AGACGCUGUGAUUCACAAACCAAUUGGAAAUGAACAUAUGGAUAAUAGCAGGGAGUCAGGAGAGGAAGAAAGAAAAACUCCAAGUGCUAUCAGUCAGGAUUCAACACCACCAUCUGAAACACCAUCUGAAAGCAUUUUGGGCCCUGAUCACGUUUCAGUGGAUUUAAAGUCAACGUCUAUGCUGGUCAAGGAAGAUGAAAAAGACCAGAUGGAGAACAAGAAAUCAGAAAGUGUGGAGGAGGAAGGGGCAGAAAUCACAAAUCAAACUGAUAACACAGAAGAACCCACAGAAAUGUCUCUUAAAAUCACCAGGGGUGACGAUAAUAAAGGAGAAGUCAGUAAUGAGGAUACAGAUUUACCUGAAACUCAGACUGAGGAGCUGAACGGUGAUGUAGAAGACAGUAGCACAGAGAGCCAGCCUCACUUACCGUCAUCUAUGGAGAAAAACGAUCCAGUUCCAGCUGAGAAUGAAAGUUUUACUCCUUGUAGUGCUGAAACAAAUAAUGACAAUUCAGAUACAGUAGCUCUUUUUGAUAAUAACACAGAAGCAGAGACAGUUCAUGGGGAGUUAGAGCAGGAGGGAGAAACUCGGAGCUCACAGGAAUUUGAUUCACAGCAUAACCCUGGUAGAAGCACUCAAACUAUCCCAAAGGAUAGAGGAACAAGUGCACCAACCACAGAUCAGACCUCCGUGUCUCCAGUGAUGGAGCAUGUUAACAAUGAAAGCGACAGUGAUGCAGGCAAACUAAAGGAAAUUGUUGAAGACAACAUAAAUGAGUCCCAGCAGGUUAAAACAGAGAUAGAAGCAUCAGGCACUAAAGAAGAUGAUUUAAAUGAAAAUGACUUCAAGUCAGCGAUCAGUUCUGAAUUAGAGGCUGAAAAAGAGGAGGAGUCAAAGGAUGGGGGGAAUCAAGGGGUGAUGAAGGUGGAGGAUAACGAGGAAUUGGAGGAUUUAAAGGAGAUAAAAGAGCAAAAGGGAGAUGAGAAAGAGAGUAAUGAGGCAGAAGUGGAGAGUAUGCAGGGAGAGGUGGAAGACCUAAAGGAAGCUAACAAACAGUUGAAUGCAGAGGAGGAAAAACACCCCAAGGUGGAGGAGUUAGUGGAAGAAGAGGAACUGGUGGGUCUAGAGGGAAAAGAGAAGAAAGAAGGUGAAGGGAAAAAGGUGAAAGAGCAGAAGGAAGAUGAGGAAGAAAAGGAGUCUAAUGAGGCAGAAGUGGAGAGUAUGCAGGGGGAGAUGGGAGAGCUAAAGGAGGAUAGAAAACAGCUGCAGAAAGAAGAGUUACCAGAGAAGGAAAAAGAGGCCAAGGUGGAGAUGUUACAGAGGGAAGAAGAACUGGAGGGUGUACAGGAAAAAGAGAAGAAAGAUGAAGAAGGAAAAACAGUGCAGUCUUCUUAUUAUGAGGCAAAGAUCCCGAGCACCACGAACACACAGAAUGGCUCAGGAUCAUCUUUCACUGAAAUAGUCGCACAGGUUGAAAGCCACCAAGAUGUGGAAGGAAGAAAUGGGGAGGAUGGAGAGAAAAAACAAGCCAAGGCAGAGGAGCUAAAGUUUGAAGAGACUGACCGAGCAGAGGUUGAAGAAGUGCAUCAAGAGGAGAAUGAGGUGGAUGACAGCUUUAAAUGUUCAAAUGAGCUUUGCCCUCAAGUGCAUGAAGAAAAAGCUGGAAGUGGUUUAGAGGAAGGAGGUGAAGGAGCAAUACAGACAGAGAAGCUAAAGGAUCAAGCAAACACACCAGGAGAGAGGCAGAUGAUAGACUCGGAUGAAGAAACAGCAAAUAACACUUCAGAGGAGGCAGAAAGCACUCAUGCAUUAGGCCAGGGAGAUAAAACGGAGUCUGGAGACACUGAAAGUAGCAGCAAAGCAACACAACAGUUAAACUCCGAUCAACAGACGCACACAGAGAAGGCUGCUGUUGUAGUGGAGGAUAAAGACACUGAUAUAAAAAUGAGGGAAAAUGAUAGUAAUGGUAGUGAAUCCUGGCAUGAGGGAGGAAGGGAGCCUUCAGCCCCACAUAGUGACCCUGCUAAAAGUCAGUCUGUGACAUCUGAGCAAACUGCCCCAGGUUUGACUGAUGAUGUGUCUCCACAUCCACCCACUGAUCAGAGUGGGGAGACAGAGACAGAGAGUAAAACCAGUGGAGCUUUUGGUCUUUUAAAAAACCCCUUUGGUGUUUUCAGCCAGAAAUCUACCACCGAAUCUGACGGGUCCGCCGAACCAGCCCAGAGCUUCAGUACUAGUCCAGGUGAGGCGUUGCACUCGCAAGACUCGUUAACUCCUGAACAAGAACCAGAUUCCACCACUCACCACCUUGAAGUUGUGCACAAAGACUCUCCCACUAUCACAGAGCAGCCACAGCUUCAUCCUUCCUCUGCUGAGAUGACAAGAACUCUCUCCAAACAUUACAAAAACCUGCUCACUCACAUGGGUGCAGAUGAGACAGCUAUUUCGCUAGAGCUUUUUGGGCGACACAAGCUUCAGUUUUUGGAUUACAUUUUGUCCAAUUCAGACACCAUGUUGUACAAACCUGAUGAGGAGGAUGAAUCUAUAUUGUCAGAUGUAGAGAGACUUCUGUAUCAUCACAAGGAGACGCUGAUUGCUCCUAGCGUGACACUCACUGAUGCACUGCAGGAGGACAAAGAAAAGACCCGAAUGCUUAUGGCGCUUCAAAAACUGGAAACACUGUUGGGAAGAGUGAGACAGACUUUCAACACAAGACAGACCAACGACCGUAAUCAUCAAGCCGAGGCCAGCUGUGUUGGCGUCUCUUGUUCAAAUCAUAGAAAAAAUAAGAAAGCGAACACUGAGGAAGAGUCGAAGACGACACAAGAUCCAUCCAUCCAGAGAGAUGACUGGAUGAUAAUGAAAGAAGGCAAUAACCAAGUGGGUGGUGGUGUAGGAAAAGAUGAGAUAAGAGGAAAAAAACAGGGCAGAAGUGUUGAAGAAGCAUCCCUUCCUCAUGUUCAGCCAGGAUCACCAGAGAUGCUGAAAGGAGUUAUGAAGCAAAUUCUGGACUUCGUUUAUCAGAUGGCUGAAGACUCCUACGCCCACACUUGUGCAGUGAGGGAGCUCCUCAUAUGGCUUACUGUGCAGGUGGUGUCGUCUCUGCCCGAUGACUUGAGACCUGGGCCAGACCUGUAUGGUGUACCAUGGGAACCUAUCAUUGUCUCUGGCCUGUUGGGCCUGAUGACACUUCUGUUGUUCACCUGUAGAUGUUACAGCUCUAUAAAAAGCAGAAUUUAUCGACGUAGAGAGCAGGGGAUGGCAGAACAGGUUGCACAGCUACUGGAUGAGAAAUCCAAAGUCCUUGAGAGUCUGAGUCAGUGUCAACAAGAGUAUGACAACCUUGAGAGUUCACAGAGGGACAGCGGUGUCUUGGCUCAGACUCAGAAGACAGAACAACUGGAGGUCAAAGCCAGACAGUUGGAGCACUCCAAACAAGAGUUGGAGAGGGAUCUGGAACAGCUAAAGGAUCAACUGGACCAGCAAAGGGAGCACAGGACAGAACAAGAAAGGAGGAUAGCAGUCCUCGAGGAGAGCAUGAAAUCCCUUGAAGAUGAAACUAAAGACUUUCAGUCACAGGAAGAGCAGGCGCAGACCACUUUGAAAGUGUACAGCAUGAACAGUGACAGACUACAGAGGAACUUGGAAACAGCUGGAGAAGAGAAUGUAGUGCUAAAGGAGAGCAAUGCUCAUUUGAGGCAGCAGGUGGAGGGAUGGGCAGAGAGAGUGAGUGAAUUGGAGGCAGAGAUGAAAAGGUGUGAGGUUGCUUACAGCGGGAUGAUGCAGGAUGUGGCCACCAAGGAUGAACGUAUAAUGUCCUUAACAGAUCGGCUGCUGAGGUUGAAAGGCUGGGAUUCAGAGCUGGAGGAAGAGGAAGGAGGAGAAAAGGAGACAGCCAAUGGUACGCCAGAAAAAGGAGAGAAGAAUGGAAGAGGGGACAUAACGGACACCCAGGCCCAUCUGCAGAAAGUCCAGAAACUUGUUUAUGCUGCUAAGCUGAAUGCAGACCUCAAAUCCCUAGAUGAGGAUAAGGACAGAGUAUUUGCCAAACUGAACGAUGAAAUCAAAGCAAAAGAAGACCUGCAAUUAAGCAUAGAAGAUAUGGAGAAAGAGAAACUAACUUUGCAGUCGGACGCCGAGAACUACUCGGAUCAGGUCCAACGAUUACAACAGAAACUCCAGAUUAUGACAGAAAUGUACCAGGAGAAUGAGCUCAAACUACACAGACUUCUGACGGUGGAGGAGAAAGAGCGUGUGCAGAAAGAGGAGAAGUUAAACAAAGCAGACAAAAAUAUUGCGCUGGCGAUGGAGGAACUUAACAACUACAGGCAACGAGCUGAAGAAAUGGAGGAAGAGCUGGAGAAAACCAAACAGUCUUACCAGACUCAGAUAUCAGCACAUGAAAAGAAAGCUCAUAAUAACUGGGUGGCAGCCCGAGCAGCAGAACGAGAACUGUCAGACUUUAGAAGAGACAACGCUCUCCUCAGACAGAAACUGACGGAUACACAGUUUAAACUGGACGCCCUCGACAAAGACCCGUUUGCCUUGAACAGUCUAGCAAGACCAAUGCCUUUCCGUGCUGAAAGGUCACCGUAUGUUCCUUCUCCUCUGGGUCGACCUUCAUCGGAAACCAGACCAUUUCUCUCACCUCCUACGUUAAUGGAUGGACCACCUGCUCGACUGUCUCCUAGAGUGUCUCGUGGUCCAGGGGAGCCCCCAGGAGGCCAGAGGGAGAUGGAGCGCAGUGGAGGUCCUCAUUCAGACAGCGGCUCAAUCUCUCCUACCUGGGAGAGAGAUCGCAGAGGACCCCCACCAGGACCUUUACCAGGACCACCUGGGCCUUUAGGACCUCCAGGCUAUAUGUUUCCAGAACCAGGAGCUCCCAUGUACAGAAGACCUCUACCUCCUCCAGGAGCUCUGGGCCUUUUGCCUCCUCCUGACUCUCUCCCUCCUGGCGUCCUUCCCCCCGGUGUCCUCCCUCCCGGCGCCCUCCCUCCUGGCGUCCUCCCUCCCGGUCCACUCCCUCCUCGUGCCCUUCCUCCUGGUCCACUCCCUCCUCUCCCUCCUGGCUCCCACCAUCCUCGGAAUGUUCCUCCAGGACCCUCUUACCCUGCAGACAUGCCAGAUUCCUACAGAGAAAACAGCUUUGGACCUGGUGAACAGGACCAUAGAGAGUCCGGUCCUGAACGCAGGACUCCCCCUGAAGCAGAUCCAAGGAUGGGUCCACCAAUGGGUCCCAUGGAUGGUCCCUUUCCUCGCAGAGCCCCUUAUGGACCCCCACCUCCUGAUUUCUACUCUCCCAGGGGACCUGGGGGACUUCCCAUCAGGCCUAUGUGGGUUCCUCAACCUCCAGGAGUGAUGGCCCCUCCUCGAUACCAUCCUAGUGGAGCUCCCCUUCCUGUUGGUCCUCAUCCUCACAUGCCCUCCUAUGCUCCCAAUAUGCGACCCCCUUCUCCCGACGGCCACCCACCUUCUUCCAUGGGCCCUCCCCCACCUCAUCAAUCCCUCCCUCCCGCACCACAAAGCCAGUCUCCAGAGAACGCAACCUCACCUGAAGACGCCAUUUGAGCCUGACUGAGUUUCUACAUCAGCUGUGAGACGAAGAACUUCUGGUUAAUGUUUAACGUGGACAGUGUAGGGCAGAUUGCUGGUUACCCUUUUUCCAUAAACAUCUAUUUAUUCACCAGAAGGAUGUGUUUAUUGAAUAGUGUUUGCAGGGGAGAACAUCCUCCUUCAUUGGCCUGUUUUCUUGCUGCUUGUUGUCUAAUGACAUUAUUUCUUACGUCUUUUGUUAUUCCCUCACCUGUUUCUCUCACCAUUUACAUUCUCUAUGAGGAAGCUGAUGUUAAAGUAAACUCGGCCUGGACUGCGUGUGUCACAUGACCCAAAAACAGCUGCCUGUCGUCUAGUCAGCGUCAGAGGUUUUUGAUGGGAAUACUUCACUGAGAUGAAGGAGAGAUUUGAAUGAUCGUAGCAUGUCUGUCAUGGCAAAAACACAACUAGCCCUGAAAUAGUUUUUGUCUGUCAUCAUCAGUAUAAUUUAAAAAAAUGUAGCUGGUUAGCAUCUUGUCGUUUGAUUUUAUGACACUUCAGUCUGAACACGUCAAGCCUGGUUUUGCCUGCGACUGAGCUGAGUUGAUCUUGAACUCAAAUGAGACUGCUUUUGGUGAAAUGUAUCAGAGUUGCAUAAUUGAAUUUCACUGACUUCCCUGUGGGAAGUGGGAUAUUUUUCUUCUUAUUUCACAGUGAGAGAAGCAGUUGAACAGUGCUUUUGAUCAUGUUACAGUGACUUUAAUAUGGCCUAGACUUUGAAAAAGGUGGCUUAUAAUAGCUGCUCAUGUUUCCCUGAAUAAACAGUCACAGGAGUAAGUUUAAUAGACUGACUGGAACAGAGGAUACCUUCAUGUGAAUUUUGUAAAAAGUGAUUAUUGCUAGAUUAAUAAAGACUUGAAUUGUCAGUGUCAUCAUAUUUACUAAUGUAAGUUGUUAUGCAUACAGCUGUAAAGUCAUCAGGAGAAACAAAACAUUAUUAAAAAAUAGUUACAUUUUAAAUUUUUAAAUUGUUUUGAAUUUGACACUUCUGAAAUUGCAAAAUAUGCUUUGAUUUAUUUUAACCAUGACUGUAUACAACAGUUUCUCAACUUCUGGUGAUUUAUCACAUGAUACAUUUCCAGAAUAUUUUAAAGAUGCUCAGAAAAAUCUGAAAAUAAAGGUUUACUUCUCCAGCUUCA